CAUGAGGGGCUAGUUUGGGCAAAGGAGGCAUCCCAAGGUGCCCCUCCGAUGAAGGGAGGUUCAGUGGUUGGGCCGAAUGAUGGGAAGUUUACUGUUUCGGGCAGUUUAAAAGGUAAGAAAGUGAUUCUAAAGGUGAUGGGUGAAGAGGUGGGAAAGCUUCCUGGCAAACAAGGGGGGGGGGGGGGAUGACUCAGAGUGUGGGGAAUACGGGAAGGAAAGGGCGAAGUUGGCUGGGGGAGGAGUAGGCAAUGGAGGUAGAGCCUCGUAUCAGAGGGAAUAAGGGAAAAAAAUAGAGGGCGGUCAAUGAAAGUGGUGGUGGGAGUUUCUGGUGUUACGGACGAGAUGGUGAUGGUGGAUGCUGAAGAGGAAGGUGAGAAGUUGGCGGACGAGACGGUGGAGGUUGUACCAGCAGAACAUGAUCAAGGAAAGCAGAUUGCUUUCAAAAUGGCGGCUCCUAGUGAUGAAGAGAUGGGUGAUCUCAAGAGAGAUGGGGAUAUGGUCGAUGACUUGACGAAGGACCCUACACCUGUUAAGAAGCUUUGUCUGGAAGAUCCGAUUGAGGAGAUGGUGAAUGAUUAUACGAAGGUGGAGGAGGCCGACCUCGAUCAGCCCCAAUCCGCCAAAUGAGGCUUUUAGCCUGGAACGUGAGAGGGAUUUGACUGUCCCUAACGUUUUAGUAUAUCGUAGGAGUAGUUCGUGCGUAUAAUCUUGAAAUUGUUUUCAUUUUGGUCUGUGUUGCAAUAAAAAUAUUGUGUGGUCUUUGUUUAUAUUAGUUGUCGAGAGGGCAUAGAAGUGUGCAAUUUGACGCUUUGCGGCUGUAUUGUGCUGAUAUUUUAUUACCUUAUAUGGUGGUGGGUGAUUAUAACGAUAUUUUAGCCUCCGAUGAAAAGGUGGGUGGGAGGCCUUGGAUUCCUGCGCAAUCUCAUUCGUUCAGCGAAUUUGUAGUUAUUGGGAUUUCAGGAUUUGGGUUUCUCUCGGAAUCCGUUUACUUGGACGAAUAUGCGAAUUGGGGCGACUUGUUUCAAGAACGCGUGGACAGAGCCUUAGUCUAUGACAGCUGGCUGCAGUGCUUCUCGGAAUCGCUGGUGGUCCAUGGUACCAACCUUGGGUCGAAUCAUAGAGCCUUGAUCAUGGUUGAAAAACCCUUCGAAUAGAAAUCUAAGAGGUUGUUUUGAUUUGAUGCUCGAUGUGUGGAUAAUGUGGAGGUCCGUCCGAUGGUCGAAAGUGCGUGGAAUGAAACGAUCCAGUGAUCGGCUAUGUACCAAUUGCGGGCGAGACUCAAAAAAUUGAGGCAUCUCCUCUUCCAAUGGAGUAAGGCUGGGACUACCAACUCAGAGAUACAGAUUCGUAUUAUGCAAUCAGAGAUUGGGGCUUUGAAGGAGAGUCCCCGAUGGAUUGGGAUCGUAUUAAUCAAUUGGAGAGGGACCUCACUCUGCAAUGGGCGGCAGAGUAAAUCUUUUGGAAACAGAAGUCGAGGGUGCAUUGGGUAAAGACAGGCAUUAAAAAUUCGUUGUAUUUUCACACUGUGACCCGUAGCAGACGAAAACAGAAUUUGGUCGAGAGGCUUCAACAAGAGGAUGGUACCUGGGCUAUGGAGGAAUCCGACAAAGCGGAAAUGGCAUCAACAUUUUACGGGCCCUUGUUUACGACUGAGGCGGAUGUCAAAGGGAUCCGCCAAUGGGUUGCUUCUCUUCCGUUGGAAGCCAAGUUUACGAAGCACAUGAAUGGUUGCCUAGUCGCGGAGGUUACAUCGAAUGCGGUUCAGAAAACUUUCUUUCGUAUGGGAGCGACGUAGGCCCCUAGUUCAGAUGAGUUUACGGGAAAAUUUUUCAAGACAUUUUGAGGUAUCGUGUGGGAGUUAGUAGUUUCAGCUGUUCGCUCUUUCUUCCAGAAUGGGCAAAUCUUACGUAGUUUUAAUCAUACUUGAGCGGACAAAAGGUUAAAUGGCCAAAUCUGCCGUUUGAUUUAGUAAGAACAUCGACCUUGAUGUGCAGGAGGCGAUGGGUCUCUGUUUGGCGAUUGUUCUGUCAGAGUCCAUGAUAAGUACUUGGGACUCCCGAUGUUGGUGGCAAGGUCUAAGGCUGAUAACUUCCGGUUCUUGCAGGCGAAAUUUUCAAUAUUCGAGUUAAAAAUAAAGGUGGUACCAAGGUGACAAUGAGAUGUAUGAGUGAUAUGAAUUUUUUUUUUCAAAAUAUAUUGAAAAUAUAUAAUUUUGUAUAUUACAAAAAACGUGUUCCAUUUGUACAAUUUUUUUUUUUGAAAUUCAAGUUAUGACGUAUAAGAUAAAAGUCGAUUAAAAAAUAGAAAAAUAUAAAACAUAAUUUAUUCUCGACUAUCAGAUUCGGCCCCAUUGAAAAUUAAGAGCCUAAAUCAGAUUAUGUAAUAGCUAUCCACCCUAGGGAUACCCCAAUAUGAUAAGCCAAAGUCCAUAAUUUGUUCAGCUUUAUGGAUUUCGUUUGGAACACUUCCAGGAGGAGCACCUCUCCUGCCUUAGUGAAUAGUAGGCUGCAAUUCGUUGGGUCCUAUGAUGGAUCCUACCAGAUAUGAUUUUACUGUUGUAUAUUCACUAUUGUAUUUCUCCAAUAUCAACAUUACUCCCAUACUACUGUUUCUUUAGCAAGAAUUUCCUUGUCACAUUAGGAAAAUUUUGUUCUAGGACAACACUUUUGUUCAUGUGGGACCGUUCCCUCUGGUUUCCUUAGGUAUCCUGCAAAUAUAUGCUUGUAUGGUAUGUUUUCCAGUUUAGUCGAGAUAAUGUGCUUACCAACCCCAAAUGUUCACCAAAAACAAGUUCGACUGCUAUUCACUCCAUAUUGUGCAUAUGGUUUCUAUUGAAUAUAAAAUAAUAUAACAUAUGAUUUCAUAUUAUGAACCAUAUCCAUCAAGGUUUGUUUUCUCUUCUUACAUAUGGCGCCAUUUGACUGUGGCAUUUUGGCUUACGCGAGUUCGGCUACAGUCCCAAAUUCUCUAGAAUCACCAUAUUAUCAACCUCUAUCUGGCCGAAAUGCGUUAUAAUUUUUUCAAAUUGAACUGUACACUUUGAUAUCUUUGAUCCAUUUCUCUCAGAGAGCUGCUCUUUGUGAUUCUUUACUAUUAGUGUCUAGCUCACUCUUUUUUAUUACUGUUUUGUUUUCUGGGGAUGUGCAGGUGAUUAUCCGGACGAUCAACACGACGGAUUGUAGCAUGCAUUGGGUGGAGCUAUCCAACAAGAGAUUAGGUGUUGUGGGAUUCUUUCAUUCCCGCUACGUCCCAUUUCACUUCUCGUAGGCAUAAUAGGGUUGCCCAUGUCAUGGCAAAACCAACACUUGGAUCGAUGGUUCAGACGCUUGUCAGCCAUCAUAUUUUUCUUAUUUAUAUUUCAUAUUCUUGACUUUACUAAACCUUGUAUCUUUUCAUAUUUAUACUACUUCCCUUCACGAAUAACUAUGGCAAAAAAAAGUAUUGUACUCGUAAGAACCUCCAUUUCAAAGGCAUGACCAAUUUUUUUUGCCAUACAAAAGUAUGCCCAUUAGUUACUUUUUUAUUUAUUCAAAAGCAUGUAUCAUUUCAUUAACUGGUAGAAAUAGUACAAGAGUCAACUAUAAGAUGAGAAACUAGAAAAAUUGGGGGUUUCAAAGCCCAACACUCAGUGUCACCCCAACCACAAUAAGUAUGGGCCAUCAAAUGAGCGGCCUGGUUACUUGACCGACUCAAAAAGUUAAUCCGAACCGAGCCCACCUCCUUUAUUCGGUCCCUGAGUUCUUCGCAAGCUGAUAAUUGUCGAAAACAUAUUGAUUUCAUGUGCUUAAUGUGAUUAUUUCAUAAUAUGUUUGAGACAUAUAAUGCUUGUUUUAAGGCCAACUAACUCUGGAAUGGUUGUAAGACCAUUACCAUCAUGUGUUAGAAUUUUGAUAUAUUUUAGGUGGAAAGAUAGAAAUUGUGAAAGUACAAGCAGGCAAGUCGAACACAGAUCAAGUCUAUGAUCGAACCACUUUGGACCAGAUUCUUGACCUAAUCUCGUUGGACUGGGGACGGAAGUUAGGAGGGAAUUAAUUCUUGGGCCGGAAUUACUUGGACAAAAAUUGGACGGGAGAGCCAGGGACUAAUGUUGGACUUGUGAUCUUCUAUUGCUGGAGGAAGGGAAUUAAUUGGCUUGAGAGGAAUCUCUACAGGGCAGACUUUCUUUUGGAAAAAAACAAAACAAAAGGAAGAAGGGAAAUUGCUGGAGGAGACUAUUUUAUUUUGGACAUGACUUCUUUUGAGAGGGAGCACAGCUGGGGACACGGAAGCAGAGGCUAUUAUUUGGGAACAAAAACAUCUCUGGGGGAGCUGGGACACGAUUUGGAAGGCAACUUUUGUUGGUUUGGGCGAAAUUCUUGGGGAGAACAGAAAGGCGAAUUAGUCUUGGGCGAGAAAAAUAGAAGAGCAGCAAGCUUGGAGCGCGAGCAAGGCCAAUCGACAAUCGACUUCUCCCCAGGCUUGAGUUGAGUUUAACUAGAGCGAUUAUUUUGGUUGGAUUUUCUAAACCGAAUUAGUUGUUUAUUGUUGAUUUAGAACAUGAUUGUUUGUUUUAUUUUCGUCAUGAAAUAAACCCUGAUUUCUGGG